AUGCAGACUCCGACCACCAACUCUCCAGAUGUCAAGCUAGUGCCACGCCGCACCUUGGAGGGCCACUCUGGUUGGGUCUGGGAUGUGGCCCUCUCCCCCGAUGGCACGAUGGCGGCGUCGGCCUCGAAUGACACUACCGUCCGCGUCUGGGGCACUACUGCGACAGGCUCCCUAUACCGCGUCUUCAAAGGCCACUCCGGCCCAGUCAGGGCGGUAUCAUUCUCGCCGGACAGCCAACGGGUGGCAUCUGCCUCCGACGACAUGAUCGUCCGAGUCUGGGACAUCGGCACAGGCGUCGUCUCCCGGGUAUUUCAAGGCCACUCUGGCUGCGUCCGAUCCGCCGCAUUCUCCCCCGACGGCAAGCUGAUCGCGUCGGCCUCCGACGACAAAACGGUGCGUCUUUGGGACCUCCGCACAGGCGACACGCUUAAAGUCUUUCACGGUCACUCUGGUUGGGUGCGCACCGUGAAGUUCUCGCCAAAUGGAAAAUUGCUGGCAUCCGCGUCCGAUGACUGCACAGCACGAAUUUGGGAUAUACACACCGGUGCCGCCUGCGCCGUCCUCGAAGGCCACGCCGACUACGUGCGGGCCGUGAGCUUCUCGCCGGACGGAAAGAUGGUGGCUACUGGAUCGAAAGACCGAACAGCCCGGCUGUGGCGAACCGGCAUGCUAUCCACGGUCCUGGAGGGACAUUCGAGCUGGGUGAAAGACGUGAUUUUCUCCCCAGACAGCGAACUAGUGGUUUCUGCGUCCGACGACUCAACCAUCCGGCUUUGGAAUACCAGCACAGGCAGGACAUGCAGCACGCUCGGACCGGUCCAAGGCUGGGAGAGGGGCAUGGCCUGGGCACGGGACGGGAAGCUAGUAGUGUCUACAGCUGAUGAUAUGACCGUCCGGAUCCUGGAAACUGAUGAGAAUUUAUGA